AUGUGGGAUAGGAUUGUUCAGCAGUACAAUUUGAGGAGGGGAUCCUACCCAGAAAGGAGUUUGAGGUCUUUACAGAGCCAUUGGGACAUAAUCAAGGCUGAAGUGGGGAAGUUUUCAUCCUUCUAUGCUGAUGCCAUUCGAGAGAAUCCUAGCAGGAUGUCGGAUGCCGAUAAGACCACUCAUGCAACAGCUAAUUUUGCUGGUAUCCUCAAACACAACUUUGCGUACAUGCAUUGUUGGGAGAUUAUGAAGGAUGAGCCCAAAUGGCAAGAUCCAAAGCCUAGAGGAUUUGGAAAAUCAACUGGAGGUGAUGGUUUUGGAGAGGAUAGUAGCCAUGAACCUGACACCAGCGACCUUGGAGAUGACAAUUCUAGCCCUACUGGAUCAGCUAGGAGGAGGCCUAUGGGCAGGGAUUCAGCUAAAGCAGCCAAGAAGAAAGCAAAUUCCUCUGCGGGUUCAACAUCAUCUUCGAAGUAUGCUUCGAGGAUGCAAGAUCUAUCAUUGCAAAAAAUUUCUAUCCUGCAAGAAGAAUCCAUGCGUAAAACUGAUCGUUUCCAGCAGCUUGCAUGCAUAGAUGAGAAGCGGUUUGAGGAAAUGCGAAGCCACAAUCAAUCACUAUUAGACAUUGAGCAAGAGAAGAUUCGGAUCAUGUGUGAGAAGCAUGACAUGGACAAGCAAGAGAAGGAGAAGCAAGAGGAUGAAAGGAUCCUUGGGAUUGAUCUUAAUGCCUGCACACCAGCUCAGCGAAUGUAUUACGAAGCUCUUCAGGAAGAAAUUUUUAAGAAGAUUGCAGCUAGGCGCGGGAAGAGAUGGGAAAAGACAGGGGCCUUGAACCAUGGAUGGGAGAGGCAACCUUAUUUAUGUUUUCUUGAUUUUAUUUCAGGGAACUAA